GUCAUAACGGCAUAUUCUUUCCUUUCAUCCAUAUAUUCUGCUUUUUCUUUUGCUUUCAAACCAGACUCAAAAACCAAAAGCCGUCUAGUAUUUUAUUUUGUCGAAAGUUUUCAAUUUCAAUAAUGGGUUGUUGCUAAUUUGAUCGAUCCGUCAAUUGAAGCUGCCAAGUUCCUAUUUUUUUUUGCCAGGGAUUAUUUAUUAGUGCCAUUGUGGCUCUUAUUGAGAAUUUAAUAUAGUGGAACAGUUUGAUUGGUUCCCAUGGAUCCCAAUGGAGGUUCAUCCAACAUAUUUCCAAUGGAUCCACUUGUACCACAUAGAUUCAGCACUCAUUUUUUGUCGCACAUUGUCUCAUUUGUUGACAAUUCCAGAUACUUGUGUGUCCCUGGAACUUUGGCACUUCAAGAAGCUUUCAACUGUUUUUCAAAGUUUGCUGGGGCUUUCUUUAUUUGGUUUGCUAGUGGUUCAAAUUCCAAUAUAAAUGGUAAGAUAUUGGGCAGACAUGAUGGUUCAAAUCCUAUUAAUUGUAAGGGUGAUAACCAACUAAAGCGUAUAAUAUCACAAGGACAAAAGUUUAAAGGAGUUUUAGACAAUUGUAUAUGUGAAGGGAAAUCAAGCAUCCCUUUCAUCUUGGACAAGAUUUCAAGGUUCUCUAUGAAGCAAUUUUACAUUGAAGCUGAACACCUCCGUUCAUUUCCUGCGCUGUCAUUAGCUGCUGCUCUGGUACCUCCAUUAAACAAUGUCUAUCCAGAUGUACUGGCCGUUCCUUUGGAGGCUGGUGACAUUGCAACACAGAGAUGCUUGAGUCAGAGGCCUUGUGAGAUUGAGCAUCAAGGGUGCAACGAUAUUUCUUUUCAGAGUUUGAGCUGGACUGGACAUGCUGUAGAGCCUAGAACAGGCAUUGAGUUCCCUACCAUCUUGGAUAACAGUGUAGCUGCAGAGCAUAAUUCGAGUUUCACAUCAGAGGUACUUGUCGGCACUGGAUCAAGAAUAAUGAAGAUAAUCAGAAUCAAAUCUCUUAAUGUCUAUGCAUUUGGUUUUUAUGUUCAUCCUUUUGAUAUCUGUGAGAAGCUGGGUCCAAAGUAUGGUUCUCUUCCAGUUAGUGAGCUGAACAAGUCUUGUGAUUUUUAUGAAGACCUCCUCAGGGAAGACAUUAAUAUGACUGUCAGGCUUGUGGUUAGCUGCAAUGGGAUCAAAAUUAAUACUGUUAAGGAUGCUUUUGAGAAAUCUCUUCGAGCCCGAUUAUUGAAGACCAAUCCUGACACUGAUUUCAGCUGCCUACAAAGAUUUGGUUCUAUCUUUUCAAAUGACAUUCCUUUGCAUGCUGGAACCACGAUCAAUUUUCGUCGUACGGCCGAUGGAUCUUUUAUUACUGAAAUUGGGGAUAAUCAGCUUGGAGCGGUACAAAGCAAGGAAUUAUGUAGGGCUUUCUUUGACAUGUAUAUAGGUGAUAUUCCUGUCUGUGAACAAACGAAGGAACAGAUUGGGGAGAAUGUGGCGAGUAUAAUGCGGAGAUGCUGAAUCCGUCGAGUUUUGGUUUCAAUCUCAUUUUCUUGAAUGAGUUGUUUGCAUUUGGGUCAAAUUUUUGGCACCCAUGACUUCAACAUCACCUGACUGAUGCACCACUCUUCAGUCUUGGCUCCUUGGAAUUAAUUUGUAUGUGCCAUUCUUCUGGCAUCAUGGGUUCGUAACAUUUAUCCACAGUGUAGUUAGCUAGGGUCCAUAAACUUGUAGGAUUUGUUAGCAUGGUAGGAAUCCUAGUUGAUUGUAGUAGUAUUAUGAGCAUUUGCAGCUAUGGACUUGCUGCUGCAGCUGUUGUACAUUUCAGUGAUAGUGAAAUUUACUGGCACCACCAUUUCGAUUAUU